AUGGGGUUCGAGAGCCGACGGUUGGCAAGCAGAACCAAAAAACCUCCUCCUCCCAUCCUCUCGCAUGAAUUCAUCAUCACCAAUCAUGGGGAUAUUACUAGUGUUAUCCUUAUGAUAGUAGCUCUUGGAUUCAUGUUCCAAUGGUCGGUUCCCUUCUCGCAAUUUAUGGUCCUCCCUCAAUACAAUGAAACCAGACCAGUUGCUGGGGAAGGCGGUGAGUAUUUUACCUUUUUUUUUGGUUUUUAGGUACCUACUUAAUAUUACGACAUCUUGCCGAUUUCAGACAAGACCUUCUACCGUUCUGGAAUCAACGAUCUUGGUUGUAUUGCUUAUUAUACUGUAGCUUGGAUCACUUUCCAUUGCAUAAUCCAGGAAUAUGUUAUUGAUAAGAUCCAACGCCGUCUUCACAUGAGUCGGUCUCGGCUGGCCAGAUUUGCAGAGUCCGCUCAUCUCGGUCCUAUUGCUGCUCUUGCUUGUGGUUUUGCUGCCUAUAAUUUGUAUGAGAUCGGUGUUCACAAGAACUUCUCCCUUUUGUGGCAAGGAUACCCAUCGGAGCACCGAUAUCUGUCUCUCAAUUUUAAAUUGUUCUUCUUAAUUCAGGUAAGCAGUUCGUUUUAUUUUGUUUAUUAAACGUUUAGAUCUCUUAUUGGAUCCAUCAAUUCCCUGAAUUCUAUUUCCAAAAGCUGAAGAAAGAGGAAAUGAAAGAAAGGAGUGGUUAUUCCGUGUUGUUCUUGACUUUCAUAGCCGUCGCCUACUUCACCAAGUAAUUAUUUUAAAUUUGCUACCUAGAAAAUGAUUUUAGGUCUUAAAGUUUCUGAUUUACACCAAGAUGUCGCAUUGUUAUAUAAUAAGAUACAAUUUUUCAGCUUUGUUCGUCUGGCCGCAGUUCUUUUGGCCCUAGAAUACGCAUCGCUUUCCCUUCUCCACAUUAGCCGUUUAGUUUAUUUCUCAGGGAAGGUGUCCAACACCGGGAGAAUCUUCAGACUCUGGAAUCUUCUGUUCCCCAUUGUCCGCCUGUCCAGCAUUGUUAUUGCUGUUUUGGUUCUCUGGGGUGGUCUGCGUUCUCACGAAACCCCGUACAUCAACUUUGAAACUGGAAAUUACAAUACCCAUGUCAUCCGGUAAGCAUUAAAUUAACAUACUAAAAUGGAAGAAGUGACGGGAAACGUUUUGUAAAUGUACCAAAUGAUAGCUAAAGCACUUUAUACUUUUUCAAAAUUUUGGACGUUUUGUCUAAUACGGGCCUAUCCGGGCCGAAGAAAAUUUGGAACGGGCUGGGCCCUACUCUCUCCGGCCCGAGAGCCAUGCCUUGUUUUGAUAUUCAUUACAAAUAUAUUCUAGUUUGGACGCCCUGAUCUUCCUUCUGCUCACCCAAGUCUACUUGUUCUACAACUUUGCUCGUUUCCACUUUUCUCGAUGGAAUUCGCGGCCCAAAACGGUGGAGCCUCUUCCUCGCAAAAAGCAAAACUUUAAAGCCAAGAAGGAGGAAAAGAAGGUCCAGUAA